UCUUCCUGCAGGUGAAUCCUCCCAGCGCCUUCCCUCCUUUCCCGCGGAGCCUGGGCGCCCCUUCAUCCUUCCUGGCUCCUCCUCGGAGGAGGGACCCAGGCGGGGCCUCGGCACGCCCAAGGCCGGCUUCUCCUCCGCCUCGGCGCCUCGCCUGCCUCCUUCCCAGCCGGGGUUAGUCAGCCGAGCAGCCCGCAAGCCAAGAGGGAUCCUGGAGGCUGGAGCAAGCAAGGAAGGCUUCAGGGCAGAUCUGGUUCUGGCGGCCACGGAGCUGGCUCUCGGCUUUGCUGCUGCUGCUUCCCUUUGGCGCGUCGCCUUCCCGAUUUCGUCAUGGGUUCUUCAAAAUCUAGGAAGAGGUGCUCCCAGCCAAGCCACGUAAUGUUCUCUUAGCAUCAGACAGCUGGCACAAGUGACUCAGACUGGGCUUCUGAUCCAGCAGAUGUGUGGGUGACCCAUUGACCCAUUCGCCGAGGCAAUGGACACCCACAUGGACUUGCUGACAGAGCUCCAGCUGUUGGAUAAGGUGCCCACACUGGAACGGCUCCGAGCAGCUCAGAAGCGCAGAGCUCAGCAGCUGAAGAAGUGGGCGCAAUAUGAAAAGGAGAUGCAGCACAAGAAGAGAAAACACGAGAAGAAGAGGAACCUUGUCAACCGCAAGAAGGUUUCUUUUGAAGCCAGUGUUGCAUUAUUGGAAGCAUCCUUACGGAAUGACAUUGAGGAGGUCUGUUAUUUAUUGAACAAUAACUUCAGUCCAGACCUGUGUAAUGAAGAUGGAUUAACUGCACUGCAUCAGUGCUGCAUAGACAACUAUGAGGAGAUAGUUAAGCUUCUUCUGAACCACGGGGCCAAUGUCAAUGCAAAGGACAAUGAACUUUGGACUCCUCUGCAUGCAGCCGCAACAUGUGGGCACCUCAAUCUGGUGAAGAUCCUGAUUCAGCAUGGGGCAGACCUGCUAGCAGUAAACGCAGAUGGCAACAUGCCAUAUGACCUCUGUGAGGAUGAACCAACUCUAGACAUCAUCGAGACUUGCAUGGCAUACCAAGGUAUCACACAAGAGAAAAUCAAUGACACGCGAGCAGCUCCAGAGCAGACAAUGGUUGAUGAUAUCACGGAGCUUAUAGCAACUGGGCAGGAACUGAACAGAGCAGAUGCACAAGGUGCUACAUUGUUACAUAUAGCUGCUGCCAAUGGAUAUCUGCAUGCAGCAGAGAUCCUUCUUGACCAUGGAGCAAGACUGGACCUUAAAGACUGGGAUGGCUGGGAACCGCUCCAUGCUGCUGCCUUCUGGGGACAUAUGCACAUGGCAGAACUGUUGGUAUCCCAUGGUGCAAGUUUGAGUGCCCGGACAGCCAUGGAUGAGAUGCCAAUAGACCUCUGUGAAGAAGAGGAAUUUAAGGUUCUACUCUUAGAACUGAAGCACAAGCAUGACGUCAUCAUGAAAUCUCAGAUGAGACACAAGACCUCCUUGAGCCGGAGGACUUCCAGUACUGGAAGCAGAGGGAAAGUGGUACGGAGGGCAAGUCUUUCUGACAGAACAAACCUUUACAGGAAGGAGUAUGAAAAGGAGGCAAUUAUCUGGCAGCAAAUAGAAGCUUCAGAAGAGCAAAGAACGUCUGAUUAUACUGGGGACAUCCGGGAGACUUACUCCAACCAAGAGAACGCAAAUCCAAACUCUACAGGAGAUAUGUCCCUAGUCCUUCCAGAGCUGGUAACCAAAAGCACACAAUGUGACUCCGACACUUUGCUCCAAAAUGGACUCAAUUUAUCCUCUCCUACUUACCAAUACUCUGUUCCCAAUGGAGAUGUUUGGAAGAUGCAUUCUGCUUUGGACAAUGAUGUAAGCCAAACAUUGCCCUAUGAUUCUCCUGCAGUCCCUGACUCUCAGCAAAUCUGGGGUGGUUACAAAGAAAGGAGUCAUCAAACCCUCUCUGAACUGAAACGGCAGCGAGCAGCUGCCAAACUUCUCAACCACCCCUUCAUCAGUACGCACUUUGGUAGCAACGUGGGAAGCACAGCAGAAAAUGGGGGAGAAGCAAAAGAGCACCUGAUUACCUCCAGGACUCCUACUUACACAUCCAAUGGAACUUCAGUUUAUUACACAGUAUCAAGUGGUGACCCACCUCUCUUAAAAUUCAAAGCUCCCAUGGAAGAAAUGGAGGAGAAAGUUCAUGGGUGUUGUAGGAUCUCUUGAUCUAAAUUCAUUCCUCACUGGUGUAGAUACCAAAUUUGGGUGGGCAUGAUGCAUCCAUUACUGAAUUUUGGUUGUUACCACUGCUAAAUGGGAGAACCUGGAUUGCUCAUCCCAGGCCAGGCUCUACCAGGCUUAUUCAUUCAUAGUACCUUACUUUGCUAUGGCAAUUCCAUUGAAAUCAAGCAAGUACAGGCAAGAAAGAGAAGUUCAUGGGAAAAAUUCCUUUUUAUAAACUAGUGUGAAAGAAAUGGAUUAUACAUCUUGUCUAAUUUAGAAUCUCCUUGCACCGCCAUGCUCCUGAAAACUGGAAUUUUGGGAACACAAAAUCUCUAAUCACAUCCUUGGUUUGCCACUAUCAAUGGUAUGUGAUUAGAAUCCAGCACUUUUAUAAGCAGAGUUGGACUGUAGAAAGACCCAGUUUUGCCUGCACAAAUGUGAGGUUUCUGCAUGCAGGAGAUAUAUGCACUUUAACAACAAGUCUGAAAGUUUAGCCUGUUAUGAAAGAAUACAUUUGUGACAUUAUCGUAUUGCCAAUUUUGAGCCAUUAUUUACUGCAAUACUCUUUACAUAAAAACAGAUGUAGGUCUUGUCUGCAAGCUUCCACCCUUUCAUAAAAUGAAAGGAUAUUCUUAGCUCUUUAGAGGAGUAAUACUAUUAAAAGGAGUUUAUGGUCAAUGUAUAAUAUUCUUCACCAGUAAUCCUUUUAUUUUGCACUUGUACAGAUUCUAUUUUCUCAAUUCAGUUUUAUCAUAUUUCAUCAGAGAAUUAUGGGCUUUGAUUUUCUCCAAAGCUGUUAGGAAGGUUCUUCUCUGACUCAAACUAACUUUAUUUCUCACCAUGCUAUGUUUUUCAUUUGCCUGCAUUGCGAUACCUAUGAGAUAAUUUAAAAUAGUUCUUGAAUAUUAAUGUAUGUGAUUUACCUAUUUUUGGAACAUUUUACUGUUGUUUUUCAUGUAUUUCUCUUUAUAUUUAUCACUGUUUGUUUUUCCCUCAGCAUUUCUUUCUGCUAAGACCAAUAAAGGAAUUUGGUGGGCAGAAUUUUUAAGUUUGAAAAUAUUUACUUUAACAAAUGUUGGUAGUUACACAUAAUGGAAAAUGUGUAACUACCUACAGCAGAGGACAGCAUUGUGUCUUCUAUAGCAUAUAAUCCCACUCACAUGGAUACUCUUUCUACUGGACAAAAGCCAUCUAUCAAUACUUUUAGGAUACACUUAUAGAGGGCACUAAAGCCAAGGGCUGGAAGUAUAUUCUACACUCACAAAUAAAUGUGUGCCCUUGUACAUUGCAAGCUUUGCACAUUUUAUGUUGCUGGUAACACCACUGGUCUUUGAAAGCUUUUAACAUGUUACUGUUUUGCACUUCACGUCAAUCUUUUAUUCAUGCCAAAAACAUUAAGUCCCUCUACAGAGCUCUUCUGAAAUGCUUCUUAUCUGCACAUUUCUACUAUCUUAUUUUUUGAAGCUUAGAUUUAGAAUUUUUUCUCUAAUCACCAAAGUAGCAGCCAUUUGGCAAAUGACUGAGGCCUAGCUUUUUCUAAAUAGCAAAACCAAGAUUUAUCUUCCAAAAUAGGCAUGUUUUCCUGUUGACUGAGGUAGAGAAAGUGAGAUUCUCCAGAUGUAGCUGACCUGCAGCUGUAAGCAUUCUUUACCACUGGAUAUGUUGGGUAGGAAAAUGGUCACUAAACCCUCUGUAUCCUGGCCAAAGGAGUAUAAUUAGCAGGGCUGUUUCAGCAGUGUGAAUCUCCUUUUGCAGAAAUUCAUUGAAGCAUAGCUGGAGACAGAGAAGUAAAAGAAAAGAAAAGAAAAGAAAAUAUUACAAGGCAUAAUUCCAGUAUUUUCCAAACUUUGGUCCUUCAGAUGCUUGGGAUUUUAGCUCCCAGGAUUUCCCCAGCAUUUGAGCCAAGCUGAUUAGGACUCCUGAGAAGUAAAAUCCAAAACAUCUGGAGGAUCAAAGUGUGAGAACUACAUUAUUCAGUCCAUUCUACAGACAUCCCUUCCAGCACAGUUAUCCAGGUUCACUCCAUACUUUGCUUGUCCAGGUAGUAUAUUUCAUACCUUGAAUUUUGAAAAACAGUCAAAAAGUCAAAGAAUUGUCCUGUGGUAGAAAUAUUUUUAGUAUGAUGAUUUCCUUGACUGCUUCUUAUACAUCUUGCACAAAAAUCAAGAUAUUUGACUAUUCAAUUGUUACAUUCUUCACCUAAGUUUUUUCCCCCAUAAAUGGAUCCAACUUUUACUUACUUACUUAGUCAAUCCCUCGUGGGUGAGUAUAAUUGCAUUCCAAUUGGUGAGUUUGUAGGUGGCUGUAGAGACCUAUUAUUAAUCUGCAUGUUCUUUCGCAGUGAGGGUAUCGGUUUCCAGAUGGAAAGUGGUCCCAAUCGAGGUUGGCUUGAUGCAUCUUCCUCUUGACACAAUUCUCUUUUUUGCCCUCUAUUUGUGCCUCUUCAAAUUCCACAGCACUGCUGGUAACAGCUGACCUCCAGUUAGAAUGCUCAAGGGUGAGCUUCCCAGUUCUCGUUGUCUAUGCCACAGUUUUUAAGGCUUUAAGCCCAUCUUCAAAUCUCUUUUCCUAUCCACCAACAUUCUAUUUUCCAUUCUUGAGGUGAGAGUAUAGUAACUGCUUUGGGAGAUGGUGAUCAGGCAUUUGGACAAUGUGGUAAGUCCAGCAAAGUUGAUGCGAAGGAUCAUUACUUCAAAUGCUGAUGAUCUCUGCUUCUUCCAGCACACUGACAUUUGUUCACCUGUCUUCCCAAGAAAUUUGCAGGAUUUUUUGGAGGCAACGUUGAUGGAAUCAGUCCAGAAGUCGAGUGUGAUGUCUGUAGACAGUCCAUGUUUGCAGGCAUAUAACAGGGUUGGGAGGACAGUAGCUUUAUAAGCAAGCAUCUUGGUAUCCCUACAAAUGUUCAGAUCCUCAAACACUCCUUCAUUUGGAAAAAUGCUGCACUCACAGAGCUCAGGCAGUGUUGUAUUUCAGUGACAAUGUUGACUUUUGUGGAUAUGUGGCUGUCAAGGUAGAGAAAAUGGACAACAAUUUCUAAUGUUACACCAUUAAGCUGUAUUUCUGGCAUUGCAGAUGGAUUGGCUGGUGCCUGCUGGAAGAGCACUUUGGUUUUCUCAAUGUUUCUCAAAAGAGGCCAAGCUUUCUGUAUGCUUCUGCAAAGGUGUUUAGACUGGCUUGUAGGUCUUAUUCUGAGUAAGCACAGACUAUGUUAUCAUCAGCAUAUUGGAGUUCUAUAACAGACAUUGUGACCUUGGUUUUGGCUUUCAGACUGCCGAGGAUAAAUUGCUUGCCAUAUGUUUGAUAGAUGUUUUCCACGCUGGUGGGAAGCUUCCCAUCAACAAGGUGCAGUAUCAUAGUGAUGAAGAUGGAGAAUAAGGUUGGGGCAACAAUACAUCCCUGUUUGACACCUGAUUCCACCUUAAAUUAAUCAUUGUGUGAGCCAUUGUUGUCCAAAACUGUUGCCAUUAUGUCAUCAUGGCGGAGCCGCAGGAUGUUCACAAAUUUGUCAAGGCAUCCGAUUUUUUGGAGGAUGGUCCAGAGAGCGCUGUGAUUCACUGUGCCGAAUGCCUUUGCAAGGUCAAUGAAUGCUAUGUACAAAUGCAGAUUUUGUUCCCUGCAUUUUUCUUGGAGCUGUUGUGCAGUGAAGAUUAUAUCCACUGUUCCUCUGGAGGGGUGGAAGCCAUUCUGGGAUUCUGAGAGGAUGUCUUCUGAGAUAGGUAAAAGGCAGUUUGCAAGGAUACUAGCAAGGAUUUCCCCAGUGGAGGUUAGAAAAGAGAUAUCUUAAUAGUUUCCACAGCCUCUUCUCUCCUUUUUUUGAAAAAAGUGACAAUGGUGGUGUCUUUGAAGUCUGCUGGCACUUUUAAAGAGUCACUGAUCAUAAUGUGUAAUUGGAACACUGCAUAGCAGAAGGACCCACCCUGUACAACAGCUGUGAAAGAAAGGACACAACUGGUUUCAAAUACACAUUUUCCUCCAAAGUCCCUGUAUAGGUUUCAAUUUAUUAUAUUCCAGCUAUCUGUCUUUUAGAUAUUCAGCUUUUCCUGACCUGAUGCUCAUCUUUAAUUUCAACUUACAAUGUUGUAACCACCACUUGCUUGGGAUUUAGCACUGUGUGCUGUUGUCUAGGAUCUGUGCCAUUUGCUUCACUGCUCAUUCUUCUUUUCACUGGUUUCUUUCUGGAGGGAUGCAGGGAGCCCUUUUUACCUGGUGUCAAGCUAAACUGAAUUAGUCCCUGUCAAUGUCUACAAUGAGCCUUCUGCCUCCCAUGAGACACCUAGGCUACGUUCUUUCACUUGCCACAUUCUUGCCUCUCCUGAUGAUGGGUGGCAGCUCCUAGAAGCUUUGUGUGAGGCCUGUUUCUGCCCAACUGGUGGCUGAGGCAAUGUCAGGGAACAUCAUCAUCAUCAUCAUCAUUUAAUUACUUAUUAAUUGCCCUCCAUCCAAGAUGCUCUAGGCGAUUUACAAGAUAAAAUUGUAAAGAAUAAAAAUACAUACAUACAAAUAUUGAUAAAAUUAACAUAGAUCAAAAGCUCUAAUAAAGAGCCAGGCAGUCUUUGCUUCUCAGAUAGCAGGUUUGAUGCUGUGCCAAGCAUCUUGGGUGGUAUCUUUCCUCACCAUCGUGUUUUUUUCCUGAGGUUCCAUAAAUAACCUUUCCCUCUCCAUACCAUAUUUUCUAUUCCCCACUGUGGCUCACAACAACUCUUGACCGCACAGUGGCUUUAUAUUAGCAAUUUAUUUAAAUAAUGGUUUUAAGUUCUUGACAACAUGUAAAUAUAAGAAUUCUAUACCCACUGAAUAAACAAAGCAACAGAAGCAAAUGAAGAGAGUAAAACAAAAGUAUUCAGUAGCACAAUUAGAAAUGAAGAAAUUAUCCUUCCAAAGCUUUACUAAAAAGGACAUCUUAAUAUGGCACCUACACACACACAAAGUCUCUAAUGGAUUUGUUGGGGAUGGUGAUGCCAAAGAAAUAGAAUUGCUGAUGAGAAGGCAUUCUCUCUGAUAUCCACCAUCUCAUCUCACUAGACAGUGUUAUAUUCAUUUCUUCUCCCAAGGAACUAGUUCUGGAGCUGAUGAAGAGGGUAGAUUUUUAGUACCUGUAUCAAACCAUAAUUUCUAGGAAUUAAGGCUUGAGAUGUGUGGGAAUCAUGAUAGUAAAAUGCACAUAGCACAAUGUGCUCGCCUUUUUCAUUCUCUUCCCAUCUUUUUAAAAAGAAAAAAUGCAGCUUAGGACACACACAAAAAAAACCCACUUUCAAUGUGACUUUCACCCGUUAGUAGAGUUUACAAACAGGUGAAGAUGAGUGAGAAUCAAUGAACUGAUUCUAGUCCACAAGUUGUUGACUGUUGGUUUCUACUGCGUUUCCAGAGAAGGAAGAAAUAAUUGCAACCAAUGGGCACAAAUAUGGUAUCAGACCCUGGCACACUGAGUUGUUUGCCAGUUUUCUGCAUCAGACUGAGACAAAACAUGGCUACUUAAAAGUAUAUAGAAAGCAUUGUGUAGGGUAGAAAUAGUCCUGUAAGAUUUUUUGUGUCAAGUUGUUAUGAAAAACAUUAACCCAUGAUUACAGCAAUCUUACCAGGCAUCUAGAAUAGUUUCCCUGCUAAGCAAAUCUUAUUUGGCAGGCAAACUACAUUGCUGUUUUUGCAAACUUUAUAUCUUACAAUGAACUUGCUCUAUUCACAUAUUACACUACAUGUGUGUUUACGGUGUUAUAUACAUUUUCAGAUGUGAGAAGUUUGGUAUUGUACCUGUAUUCAUUACUGAUUUCUAUCUAGAUAUAAGAACUGCAAGGUCCAGAUUACUGCAGUGGUUACACAGCAAAUUUGUUCAUGCUGUAUGUCCACAUGUUCAGAUAUCUGUGAGAUAUCGCUAUCACAAAACAUUGUAAGUCUGCAAUCUGAUCUAUUUUUACCUGGGAGCAAGCUCUUCUCAACCUUGUAGGACUUAUUUCCAUGUAAAGGUAAAUAGGAAUAAACUGUAACACCAUUACCAUUUACUUUAAAUUAAUUACAUAUAUUGAUUGUUACAAAGUCUAAACAUUUAUACCAGAGAAUAUAUAAAUUGGCAGGGUAUUCUAUUCACUCCACAGUGCUAGAGGAGGAUUUACCAUCUCUACUAAUCUGUGAUAAGUAGAGCACUUUGAAAUGGCAUUGCUUUUUCAUCUGGUGGUCCUGGGGAUAAAUGAGAGGACACAGCUACACUAUGAAUCCAACCUGUUUUUAAAUCUGGAUUAAUUGCUAUGACCUUGCUAAGAAAACUAGGUUAGUAUUCUGAAUUUUGAUUGGCAGAGUGAGCAGUUGUAAUUCUCUGGGUUUUUGAAGAGAGAGCACCAUGGCAUUUAAACCCAUUUGUUUUCUGGUGCAGCCAUGUCCAAUAUGUGUGGUGGCAUUCAAGAAAAAUAAGUAGACUGACAUCCUGUUAAUGAUUCCCCUUUUAGCUGCUGCAGGCUCCACUCCAUGACCAUUGAGCGGCCAAUGCAGAAGCAUCUUGCUUAUGCAACUUUAGCUAAAUGUAUAACACUGACCUCACCUACUGGAAUCUCCAAAAGACUUAGCAGAUAAUAUCUACAUUCUGUAUCUGGCUAUACUAUAGCCAUUAUAGGGGCAUAGCCCGAUAAUUCUCUAAAAUCUCCUCUUUCCCACUGGUCAUGGAAUAUAUGUUUCAACAGCUAAGAGCUGAGUUCUAGAGGUGAUAAAAUGGGAAAGAUAUUAUAGUUCCACCUGUGUGGAGCUUUAUGGUACAUCUCCUAGUACAGGAUCUUGGCAAUGAUUAUGAUCUUGUAAGAACACAGGCUCUAGCAAUUCUAGACAAUUUUUAAAAAGCUAUAGAAAAAUGUAUUUUUUCUAAUUUCAGGGCGUGUGGGGUUUCAAGGGGGGAAAUCAUUUGCACUUUAUAUAUCUGCAGUCACUUUCUUAAUUUAGGAAACAUGAAACUGUAUUAUGUACAGGCAGAAUCCUAUUGGUGAUUUAUACAGAUACGACAAGACCAACAAUCAUAUUUUUGCAAGAUCGCAUAAGGAUGAUAUCCUAAUCAGUAAUGCAUAAGAAAUAUUGCAUCUGCUCAAGCAGUCACACUUUUUCUACACUUUCCCCAUGUCACUUGGUGGCUGAGAAAUAACUAUACCAUUGCAUCAUAGGCCUGCACAAGGCACUGCCAGUUGUUCUAUUACAUGAUAGUGUAAUCCAGUAUAAUUUUAGCAUACAGGACUCCUGUAUCCACAGUUGCAUUUAUCUGCAUCCAACAAAAUAUGUCCACUCUAGGUAUUUUCUAGGUUCUUCAUCAUAACUCUAUGGUAUUCUUUGGCUGGAAGUCAUUUAAUUGGGUUCAGCUGUGGUUUUGUAUAUCCACACAAAGUCUGGGAACAUUUCCGCCAUGGAUGUGGAAUGUACUGUAGUGUGUUUCUGUCACAGCUUUGUCAAUUCACUUUAUUGAAUCAUCACAUAGGAUCUUGUCCAAUAACUUGGUUUACUUAUAAAAGUAUAACAUAGAUGUAUUAAAAUUAAAAGUGUGGUCUUAUUCAAAGAAAUAUGAAAUUGGCCAUUUUGUUUAAUUUUUAAAAAUGACCUUUGCGGGGAGCCAUUUGUGUCAAUUUAGCUAAAUAGCAAAGGUACUGAGAAACCCUGUUACUUGGUUGCAAAGAUGUGCAUUGGGACAAUGGCAAGAGUAUUCUGUACGAUCCUCCAGGUGUUUUGGACUUCAGUUCCCAGAAUUCCUGACUAUUGGACAAACUGGUUAGGGGUUCUGGGAGCUGGAGUCUCAAGCACCUGGAGGGCCAGAGGUUGUGCAGGCCUGCUGUACACACUGGUGCCCAAUGCAUAUCGAUUGCACUGUGCUUCAGUCCCAUAGUUGGCUCUGUUACAUAGUAAUCUAACAGCCGGAUAUGGAUGUUAUAAAACUACCCCAAUCUGAUUUCCACAAAUGCAAUUCCAUUUACUAAUAUGUAACUUCCACAAAAUAUUCCAGUCUUUCUUUUUUGUUACAAAGUGAGUACAGAUAGCAGAACUCUUAAGAAAUCUAAUAUCUAGCAUCUCUUUAUGAGAAGCAGACAAGAGAUAAAAGUUUAGAUUAAAAAACAAAAUCAAGAUAAGAAACAAUAUAAGAACUCCAAGUAUUCUUUACCUCUGGCUGGGGAUGCUGGGAAAUGCACUCCAACAAUACCUUGAAGGUCAAACAAUUCCCUCCCAUGAACUAACCCCAGUUGUUAGUAUGAUCUAGUGUACAGUCAUUAAAUCAAGUGCUAAAUUGUAACUACACACUUAAGUAUGUAUAUCCCAUUUACUACUUGGGCUCACUCCAGCCUCCCAAUGUUGACUCCUUUCUCAAAUAACACCCCCUACUCAAAUUAUUCUUCAAAAGUCCUGUGUGUAUUGAUUAUGAGCAUAAGUCUACUGUGCCCUCAGCUGGAGAGGAAAGGAUAUUACACAUUAUUGUUUCCAAGAUGUUUUAUGCAGGAACCAUGCAUACCAAAAUAAUCAGCAAUUUGUGAAGGCAUCCUUUUACAUAACAUCAGUGAUCCCUUCCCACAUUUUCUAAAAAUUACUAUGCUGUUACAGUUAACAGGGAACUGUAGAAAUUAUGCAUGUAUGUUGUGUAUUUGUAUCUCACAUUCUUAAAAAAGAGGGAGGGGGUGCUAAGAAAUUUGCAGCCAAAAGUACUUCCAUAUAGGUUUCCACCAAUGUGCUGGUGCUUCAUUGUGCAUUUUUCUUGCAUGUGUCUCUACAGACUGGAAACGUUGAUAGAGAUUUAAUAGUUUCUGAUCCCUACAUGUUGUGGCAUGGGAUAUGUGGUGUGGCAUGGGACAUGUGGCUUUUCAUCUGCUCAACCUAGGCAUUAAGAGAAUACUCACACCACAUUGAUGUGAGGUCAAAUCACUUCACCAAAGUGGAUUUUUCUCCCUGUGCAGCAAAUGAACUAUCUACUGAGGAAAUCAAAUCUUUUAUCGACCAUAAAUACCAUUUAUGGUGAUCAUUUCAAAUAUAACCUCUCCAGCAGGCUUAUCCCAGUAACUGUUUCUUACUUACAGUAUGCCUUAUUAGUUGUGCCCAUAAGAAGAGUUUAGAUUUACCAAAGGCUGAAGCAAAAACUGCAAUCACAUUAGUGAUGACAAAGAUUGUAGGUGGUUGCCAUCCUUAGGGACAUCUUCAAAAUCUCUGGAAGCUUUUGUAAAUUUGUACAAAUGUCAUAAAAUCAGAUCGUCGAUUAGUUAUCCUGAUUUAAGAAACUUGCUCAAGAGCUAAGGUUUUUCUACAAAAGCAUACUAUUGUUUGGCUACAUUUCCAACGUCAAAUACAGGUUUCUUUUGAUACAUUCAACUUUUAUUUCGAUAACUGUUUCAAGCCACACAAUUCCCCUUAGUCUUAAAUAGAGUGAGACAUGGAUUGCAAUCUGCAUAUCUGCAUAGACAAGAGCAGUCUGAUUAAGUGGACUUAUGAGACUAAUUAGAUGGUAACAUAUUUGGAUCCAAUUUUCCAACGUUGCUUAUAAAGUAGAAAGGAAAAAAUGCUGAUAAAAUGGUCUAUGAUUUGACAAUGACAUUUGGAACAUGUCAACAGCUUGAUCAGUCAUUUGUAAUAACUUGACUGUAUGGAUCUUUAUGACUGCUGUACAAUUUUUUACAUUGUGUUUGUUGGGAUUAAUGAAGGAGGGAGGGAAGAACACCUAUAUAUUAGCAGCAUUUUGUAUAAAUAUGUUGUUUCCCCUACAGAAAUUAAUAUAUUACACCUUAAAAAGAAAGAUUAUUUGAUAUUUUAUGAAAUCAAGUUCGUAUUGCUGUAUGUAUGAAAAGAUAGUGACUUAUUGACCUGUUGUCAAACUGUAUUGAGAAUCCAAAGGCAAAAGGGAACUGUCACAGUAUUAGUUUCUGUCUUUGGUUUACAGAACAAAUUUUAAAUCAAAAUAUUAAAUUUCUUUUAUUAACAUGA